AAUACCAACAGUUGCUCAACAGCCUAACAACGCCCCCUCGCCCUCUCUCUCUCUCUCUCUCUCUCUCUCUCGCUUUGUCUUUCCCUCUCUCUCUCUCACACACACUACUGAAACACUAUCUCACUCUCCCUACUUUCUGUCUCUGUGGAACACAUCUGAAGAUCAGGAUGCUAUGCUGUAGAGUGUGUGUCCUGGCUGUGCUGUUAUCUCUUCUCAUCCUCAUCCCCUCCACACAAUCAGCACAUUGCUGUCUGAAGUACACUCGUCGUCCAUUGCAAUGCCGACGGCUGAAAAACUACACCCACCAGCCCAUUACUUCCUCCUGUGACAUCCACGCUGUCAUCUUCCACACUUGGAUGGACAAGUUUGUGUGUGCCGACCCCUCUCGAGACUGGACCAAGAGGGUACAACGCUGCCUGCUCAAGCGUCAGGAGAAUAAAUCUAAACUGAAGAAAACUCUCUGAUCUCAUGACCAGGAGAUGAUGUGGAGAGGGUUUCAUGACCUGGAGAUGAUGUGGAGAGGGUUUGGGUCUGGACAAAUGUACAGCUUACCUUUCAUUAUAGAACAAUUAUAAUAUAUAUAUAUGUGUGUGUGUGUGUGUGUGUGUGUGUGUGUGUGUGUGUGUGUGUGUGUGUGUGUGUGUGUGUGUGUGUGUGUGUGUGUGUGUGUGUGUGUGUGUGUGUGUGUGUGAGUGUGUG